GCGUUUCCAUAGUCCGCCCUCUCCUUUCAUUCACAAAUUAUUAACCAAAUUAAAUUAUCACUGUAUUUAUUCUCUUACCAAUAGCAUUGCCCGGGGAAAAAAUUAGGAUACAUGACUACCAAACGCAAAGUAGACAUAAUUGUCCCUGCCGAGGAAAGCGACCAGCUCCUAAUUCGUCCACUUGGUGCUGGUCAGGAGGUUGGGAGGUCAUGUAUUAUCCUGGAGUUCAAAGGAAGGAAAAUAAUGCUGGACUGUGGCAUUCAUCCUGGCUUGGAGGGAAUGGACGCUCUCCCAUAUAUAGAUUUGAUCGAUCCAGCUGAGAUAGACCUGCUGCUCAUCAGCCAUUUCCACCUGGAUCACUGUGGAGCUCUGCCCUGGUUCCUCCAGAAGACCAGCUUCAAAGGCAGGACCUUCAUGACUCACGCCACCAAGGCCAUCUACCGCUGGUUACUGUCCGACUAUGUCAAAGUCAGUAACAUAUCUGCAGACGACAUGCUCUACACGGAGACUGACCUGGAGGAGAGCAUGGACAAGAUUGAGACCAUCAACUUCCACGAAGUCAAGGAGGUGGCAGGAAUCAAGUUCUGGUGCUACCAUGCUGGCCAUGUGCUGGGAGCAGCCAUGUUCAUGAUUGAAAUAGCUGGAGUCAAACUGCUGUACACGGGAGACUUCUCCAGGCAAGAAGACAGGCAUCUAAUGGCAGCUGAGAUCCCAAGCGUCAAACCUGACAUCCUAAUCAUAGAAUCUACCUACGGGACUCACAUUCAUGAAAAAAGGGAGGAGCGUGAGGCUCGGUUCUGCAAUACGGUCCAUGACAUUGUCAACAGGGAAGGUCGCUGUUUAAUCCCCGUGUUCGCUCUGGGACGAGCUCAGGAAUUGUUGCUUAUCUUGGAUGAGUACUGGCAGAACCACCCAGAGCUCCAUGACAUCCCCAUCUAUUACGCUUCAUCUCUGGCCAAGAAGUGCAUGGCUGUGUACCAAACUUAUGUCAAUGCAAUGAACGACAAGAUCCGAAAGGCCAUAAACAUCAAUAACCCUUUUGUCUUUAAGCACAUCAGCAAUCUGAAGAGCAUGGAUCACUUUGACGACAUCGGCCCCAGCGUGGUGAUGGCGUCUCCUGGAAUGAUGCAGAGUGGACUUUCCAGGGAACUCUUUGAGAGCUGGUGCACUGAUAAGAGGAACGGAGUCAUCAUCGCUGGAUACUGUGUGGAGGGUACGCUGGCUAAGCAUAUCAUGUCUGAGCCAGAGGAGAUCACCACUAUGUCCGGACAGAAGCUGCAGCUGAAGAUGUCGGUGGACUACAUCUCCUUCUCUGCCCACACCGACUACCAGCAGACCAGCGAGUUCAUCAGGGCUCUCAAACCGCCACACGUGAUCCUGGUUCAUGGGGAGCAGAAUGAGAUGGCCCGCCUGAAGGCUGCACUCAUCAGGGAGUACGAGGAUAAUGACCAAGUUCACAUCGAAGUCCACAAUCCUCGCAACACAGAGGCGGUCACCCUGAACUUUAGAGGAGAGAAGCUGGCUAAGGUGAUGGGCUCUCUGGCUGAUAAGAAGUGUGUUCAGGGUCAAAGAGUGUCGGGCAUCCUGGUGAAGAAGAACUUCAAUUACCACAUCCUCUAUCCCUCUGAUCUAUCCACGUACACCGAGCUGGCUAUGAGCACCGUGAAGCAGACCCAGGCCAUCCCCUUUAAUGGACCAUACUCGCUUCUCGUCUGCCACCUGAGGAACCUCACUGGGGACGUGGAAGAGCUGGAUGGGACGGAGAAGAACACUUUGAAGAUCUUUAAAAGCAUCACUCUGGUCCACGAGGUCGGCAUGGUCCUGCUGGAGUGGGUGGCGAACCCUCUGAAUGACAUGUACGCUGAUGCCGUCACUACUGUGGUACUGGAGGUCCAGUCCAACCCAAAGGCACAAAAAGUCAUGGAGACCCAGAGUUCCACCAUGGACAUGGACGUCUUCCAAACCCGGACAGAGGUCAUGUUGCAGGAUAUGUUUGGAGUUGAAUGUGUGGACUUCAGUGAUAGUAAAAAUAUCACUGUGACCGUGGAUGGAAAGACGGUUCACAUUUGUUUGGAAACACGGUCGGCGUUCAACGAAGACGAGAACGCAGAGGACGACUCGCUGAGAGAGAUGGUGGAGUUGGCGGUGCAGCGGCUCUAUGACGCUCUAAACCCAAUUAUCUGAGAACGGAGGCGUCCCAGCAGGUCUGCACCCGCGUUCCUGACCAAUUUACUCAUCGGAGAAGGGAAAACAAACAAACUUGACCUUCUAUAUUUCUACAUAUUUCACUAAAUGUUGCAAUGAUUCUACUAACAUAACUCAGUCUGGUCUAAUACUGUACAACAGGAAAAUAAGCUGUGGAGUGUUUCAAAUCGAUUUCAGUGUUUUAUUUAUUAUUUUUGUUCAUUUUGUGAUUCAAGCACUUUGUUAUAAAUUAGUGAGUUGGUUGUGUAUAAGUGUGGUCACUGCAGGUUUUUUUUACUAAAAAGCACUGAUUUGACAGUUUUCUGUUCAAUUUUAACUGUGAAUUUCUAAAAGCACUACAUGUUUGCAUUCACUGUAUGUUUAAUGAAGAUGUCUUUGAAUGAUAUUUAUAUUGUCAUUUUUUUGGCCAAUGUCUUUUUCUCUUUCUUGAAUAUAGAAAACAUGUAUUGUAACAUAUGAACUAAUAUUUUGUGUCAAAGCCCCACUAUCCAGGCUGGAGAUACUGUAUGUGAUCUUUGCUUUCAAGCAGCAUCGAUCGCAUAUCUGCAGCUAUGCCUCCGCCUUGCUGUAGGAAUACUCUGUUUUAAAUGUUUCUGAUUUUAUUUUCUUAGUCAGUCUUCUGCUUUAACAUGUUAUUUCAUUUACCAGUAAGUAUUUUCUUGUAAAUCAAUUUUUCACAUCUAAUCAGAAACUUCUGAACUCCUAAACUGAUUCUAAAUCAAAUACAAGCUUAUUAUUAAACUUCAU